UAAGCAGAAGUCUUGGCAGACAUUGCAAACUUCAAUACUCGUUCUCGCCGCCUUGAACUAAAUUUAUAUCUUCAACAAAAGACCAUUUAAUUUUAUUCAUCAUGAGUGUACGUACCAGCGUUAUACGAGCUCUUCGGGCUUGUCAAGUACCAAGGACACCAGGAUCUGUUGCGAGCAGCGCUUUCUUCGAAGGACAGGCUGGACAAUCAUGGCUAAGAGUAUCUGCCGGUCAGAGAGCAAUCAGCAGCCGCGCUCAAAGCCCUGCGAUUAAUGGAAAGUCUGGGAAACCUGGAAGAUUUGGAAAACCUGGACAAUCUGGGAAACCUGGAAAAUCUGGGAAAUCUGGAAAAUCCGCAGAGGGAGAAAGAUCCGCGCGAGAUCUCGAAAGAUUCAAUCGAGGCGUACUUCCCGAAAAUGAAAAUCCGGUCAAGGUCUUCAAUGCCAAUUUACGGGAUGGCACUCUCACAAAAGCUAUUGCCGCUUCGUGCCUCAAGACAGCUGUCAGAAGGGAAAACUACGAUGGCGGACUAGGAGAAGCUACUAUCAAGUGGAUAUGGAAAGAACAUGACAGCUACGAGUUUCCGAAAGACGUUGAACUGCUGGAUUACAUGAUCAGAUUACUUGUUCAAGAAGGCAAGGAGGACUUGCUAUGGUCUUGGAUUGAACAGAAAUCACGCAAACGUGGCAAUCUAGGUCCCAAGGAUCGAUUCGCAUGGAGAGCCGACGCCGUUAAAUCUUUGGUCACUUCAAAAGCAUUUGCUUCCGAAGACAGUCUGGAUGAAGCAUUGCAAGUGUUCCUCCGCGCAAAGUCAAGCACAUACUCCAUUCCACUUGCUCCAGCCCGAACUGAAACCGCAAAACUGCUCAUGAUGCCCGCAAGCAAGAAAGCAUUUGAAAAUGAUCAAGGACCUCAGGUCGAGCAGCUUCGAUGGCCAAACACCGAUCUGAAGCUGUGGGAAUCAUUCUUCAAGGCCAUUGACGCCAGGGAAGAUGUCAGUGAGCCUUUCAGGGUUCAACUGCCGCUAUACCGCCCCGAUGGACCGGAUCCUCAGCCAUACCUCAAGUAUUCUCGUCAUCUGGCAGGACAUCCCUCACUCGUACAGAAAAUGUUGAAGCGGCAAUCUCUGGUCCCCUGGAUCGCGCGAGGCAGACAUGCUGAAGCAGUAUUGAGACAAAGUGGACAAGCCGAGGACGCCAAUUGGUUGGGAGCUUUCACCAAAGAGCUGGACUCAAAGUCGGAGGUUAUCAGGAAGAAGAGAGACGAGAGACGGACGGCACAACGAAACGGGGCUUCAAAGAAGUUUAAAGAGGAACUCGGCGAUUCGCCACUCUGAGUGAGUGGUUUUGCUAGCAAACCGAGCUGUACCGUGUCGAGCGUCCCGCACAAUUCAACCUCCUUCACAACGCGUUCAUGAAGUUGGCGUUGAUAUAAACUGCUACACCAGUCAUCCCUUACCACAUUCUCAAACAUGAUCAUCAUCAGAUGUUCCAGAUGUCCUCUCCGAGAGC